ACACACAUUUAUGCUAGGCAAAUGAGCAAUCUCAUCCUUCUCAAAUCUCCCAGAUAAUUUUCAUUUAGACAUAGACUCGAGCAGGUUGUGGGCAAUGAACCUAUCGUCUCUUUCACUCCCCUGCCCCCAAUCACAUGGAUGGUCUUCGUCCUUCACACAUAACGACCCAAUAAAUUCUCAUGCAAAAUUGGUACAAUAGCAUUUAAUAGAUUUAAGGAGAUUGAUGGUGGUAGUUGUAAGCACCAACUCUGAAUCCUUAAUGUGACUCGGUCCUUGGUCUUCUAAAUUUCUCGGCCGUAAAGAUACUAUUAGGAGUACACGCACAGCCUUCUCUUUCCUGCACGAGAUCGCUUCCGAAACGGAUUUUACGUCACCAAUAGCUGCUAAUCCAUUACAGUUAUGUGACUUGUUUGGGUUGAAUUCUUGUCGUUUCUUGCCAAAUUAGACGAUUUAAGAAACUGGGUUUCGUUAAUUUUAUUGAAAAUCUGAACCGAGUGUCCAUUUUCGAGUUCAAUCCUAAUUGGGUCAUUGAGCUUUUGUGUUAUUGAUGGACCUGCAAGUUGUGCAAAAGGGUAUUGAUUUUGCCCGCAAAAGGAAGAAGUGGGUUUUUGUAUUGGCCGCCUUGGGGUUCUCUGGUUAUGGUGCCUAUAAGUUUUAUCACUUGCCUUCGGUGGCCCGAAAAAGAAGAAGAAUUUUGAAGCUUUUGGGAGCUUUGGUCUCUGUAGCCGAAGCAGUGUCGGAUUCGGCCGAGUCAAUUAGCUUGGUCUCCAAAGAUUUGAAGGAAUUUCUUCAGUCUGAUUCGGAUCAAAUUCCAACUAGUUUGAAGCAACUUUCAAAAAUCGCAAGGUCAGAUGAGUUCUCUGGCUCUUUGAUAAAGGUUACUCAGGCUUUAACACUUGGUAUGUUACGGGCUUACCACCAAUUUGAGAAGAAUGAUGGAAAUGAUGCUUCUGCUGGUUCUGGCUUUACAGAACGUGUAAUGGACAAGGCCUUUAGCACAGCGGGUUCUGGUUUUGCUUCUGUUGUUGUUGGAAGCUUUGCUAGGAACUUGGUAUUGGGUUUCUAUUCUGCUGGCCAAACAGGUGGAGAACCAACCUCAAAGAAAUCAUCAAAUAUGGACAAUUGUGGUUCAGACAACAAUCCUAUUCCUGAAUGGAUGAAUGUGAUUUUUAGUGAUAAAUGCAGAGAUUUAGUUGGUGAUUGCAUACAGAUAUUUGUGACCACUGCAGUUGGUGUCUAUCUUGACAAGACUAUGGAUGUCAAUACCUAUGAUGAACUCUUUUCUGGGCUUACCAACCCCAAGCACGAGACAAAAGUGAAAGACAUGUUUGUUUCUGUCUGCAAUGGUGCGGUUGAGACUCUGGUUAAAACAUCUCAUCAGGUUUUAACACGUCCCACUUUCAAGGAGAACCCUUUGGCUAUCGAGGAAGGCCCAACUUCCACGAAAGUGGAGGACUUGGAUGAAGAAAAAGAAACAUUCUCCAUAGUAUCGGAGACAGCUAGUGAAGCUGAUGAGAAAGAUGAUGGUGGGUGGGUCGGUAAGGUUUCGUCUACUUUGGCAGUGCCCAGUAAUAGAAAACUUGUUCUUGAUGUCACAGGGAGGGUGACAUUUGAAACAGUUAGGUCUUUCCUAGAGUUCUUAUUGGAAAAACUGUAUGAUGGUGUGAAGAGAUGCGUCAAUAUUGUUCAUGAAGCCGUGAUUGAGAGGGGUUUCGAUUUGGUGAGAUAUGCAGCAGCCAAGUCCUCGGUCAUAGUCACUAUAUGUCUCUCUCUAUGCUUGCAUAUAACUGGUAGUGCUUGGUUGUUGAUGCCCGCUUGACCUUAUUGAGCAUUUCCAUCACUUCAUUUAUUAGGAAUCUUAUAGCAUAGACCUCCAACAUUCUUUUUACGUAAACUGCUUGUUUGGAGACACCACUUGUCUUUGAUCUCUCUGUAUAUGUUUGUUCACCCAAGGAAAGUGAAAGAUGUUAUGCAUUUCAUUGUACUGUUGAAAAUUAUGGUUUUUGUUGGGAGACAUUCUUGAGAUAUAUGUUUUCGAAUUCUCAUGGAGAGAUUCUUAAGAAAGGUUGAUAAGACCUAGUUAAACGACAGAUAUGUAAUAUACUAGUAACAUUUGAAUCAAUAUACACACGUUGUAUUAUUUUCUUUA